CUGUGUAUCGCGCAGUCAUCGUUCAUAAAAAAUUAGAACGAAGCUGUCAUAAGAAAUGUAGAAUUUACAAAAUAUGUCUUGACCUCUCUGCUAAUUAGUUAAUAAAGAUUACAAAUUUCAAUAAAGUAAUUCAAAUAAAUUACGUACACUUAAUAACGUCUUUAGAUUUACGAGUGAAUCAUCUUGAUUUUAAUGACAAAUUGUUUGACGUUUAUUCUCCGCCAUCAUUAAUACAGACAGUGAACUGCCAUAUUGCUCGUGUUAAAAAGGAUUCUUAACUAUUUACUUCAACGCGAACAAUAUAUCUGAAUUUAGUGGUAUAGAGAGUCGCUUAUUCAGUAAAACUAACGUUAAGAAUAAUUUCAAGCAUUGUUAAGCAGUAUAAAGUUUUAGCGUAAACGUGUUACAAGAGGUACAAAAUGUCGACUGGACCAUACAAUUAUUCAUAUAUUUUUAAGUACAUUAUCAUAGGUGAUAUGGGAGUAGGGAAAUCGUGCUUACUUCAUCAAUUUACAGAAAAAAAAUUUAUGGCAGAUUGUCCACAUACUAUUGGUGUAGAAUUUGGUACUAGAAUUAUUGAAGUAGCAGGUCAAAAAAUAAAAUUACAAAUAUGGGAUACUGCAGGACAGGAACGAUUUAGGGCUGUUACUAGAUCAUAUUAUCGUGGUGCUGCAGGCGCAUUAAUGGUUUAUGACAUUACACGUCGUUCUACAUAUAAUCAUCUGAGCAGCUGGCUUACAGACACGAGGAAUUUGACCAAUCCAAGCACUGUCAUAUUUCUGAUUGGAAACAAGAGUGAUCUAGAAGAUCAACGUGAUGUAACUUAUGAAGAAGCCAAACAAUUUGCUGAUGAGAAUGGUCUUAUGUUUGUCGAAGCUAGUGCAAAAACUGGACAUAAUGUUGAAGAAGCUUUCUUGGAGACAGCAAAGAAAAUAUUUCAGAGUAUACAAGAUGGACGAUUGGAUCUUAAUGCUGCUGAAUCGGGUGUCCAACACAAUCCUAGUCAACCUGGUCGCACUAGUCUUCAAGGAGUGUCAAAUGAACAACAAGGAGGAAAAGAUUCCUGCUCUUGUUAGGUUAUUAUUUGUUUGUAUAUAUAAGUGGAUUAAUUCAUCAAUAUUAUUAAUGCAUAUAUGAUUUAUACUAAGUGUAGCAAGCAGAUCAUCUCUUAUCUAAUAUCCUCCCUUGAUCUUUAUAAGUGAAAUCUACUUAAUAACAAAAAAAAAAGAAAAAAUAUUCAGGAUAUUCUUUUUCAGAUAAUAAUAAUUUCAAGUAAUAUUGUUUGGAUUUCUGACACAGUAUAGAUAUAUAUGUUAUAAAAGUUAUUUCACUGAUAUCAGUUUUAUGGCUGGCAUUCCAAAUGGUGUAUUAACAAUGUGGUUUUUACAUGGUUAUGGCAACUUAUAUAUAUUUUGCAUAUUAUAUAUAUUCUGUUGUGUAAUUGGAUAGGUAUAGAAUCGUAUGGUAUAACGAGUUAUUCAAACCAUGAAGUCCUUUAUAAUUUAAAGCGCAGCGAAAGUUCUAUGGAUAUUUGAUAGUAGCUUGUUGGUGUGUAUAGUAUAAGUUAUAUUACAUUCUUUACAAAUUAUAUGAUAGGCCUAUACAUAUUUCUCAUAUGUACAUACUACAUGGAAGUUGAUGCUAAAUUUUAAACUCUAUAAGAGUAUUAAUAGGCCAAUAUGGUUUUACAGUAGAGACAUAUCAAGAAUAAACUUUCGCAGCGUCUUUGUUUCGCUUCUAACGAAAGAAAAGAAGCUAAUAAUCAUUAUUCACGAAGGUGUUCCCAUGCCAGGCAAGAAGCUAUAUUGAAUGUUGCUGCUUGCAUAUUUCUAACAUUAUAUUAUACAGGCUGAUAAAGCAGUUAUGUGCAAUAUAGUAUUUGUAGAACUUGAUACUUCCUGUAGUGACAUGUGUAGAAUUUAUAAUAAUUUUGAAUAGGUCUAUUCAUUUCUCUUGCAUAAUAAUCUUAUGCAACAUAUGAAUUAUUACGAGUGUAUCAGCAUCAUCGUAUUUUUAUAUGCUAGAUUCUUUUCUGCACAAAUAAACUGACCUUCUCUGAUGAGAAUUAUAAACAUUCAGCGUUUUGCGAAGAUAAUUACAUUCCAAAUUCUAAGUAAACGCACGAAUAUCAAGAAACUCUCUUGUUAAAUUUUAUGCUCUCUUCAACAUGAAUCUUUUUAAUAAUGAGAAGUGUCUUUGUACACUACUCUAUAUGUAGAUAAAUGAUGCUUCUGCUGCUUCUCAAUAAUUAUAACAAUAUCGUCAUUUGUUAUAUACUUGGUUUACAUUGCACAGCCCUGACAGUAAGCUGAAUAAGGAAUACAAUAUUUAAUAAAGAAUGAUUUCUGCUUUUUCAUCUCCUUGGCUCAUACGAUUAAUUAAUUGAAAAAUAUUAUUUUGCCAAAGCAUAAGUUUCAUAUUAAAUAACUAUCUAUCUCUAAAUUUAUAAGGAAGUCUGCAUUCUUCUUUAAAUUUUGUAUUCUGUAUAUAAGCAUGCUUAGAUCCAUUAUUAGAUGUUUAAUCAAAUCUUUUUAGUCCAAGAGUUAUAUUCAUAUAAGAGGAAAAUGUUUAAAAACAAAAACAAAAAUAACAAAAAAAAAAAAGAAAGAAAAUAGUAAAGUGAUUUUAAGUAAUUAUUUACAUAAUUCUGAUAUAUUAUAAUUUCCUGCAUUUGUAAUAUCAUUAUAAAAUAGAUCAAUCAAAAUAAACUGACCAAAGCCUCUUAAAUC